AUGUUUAAAUGUAUUGUUCUGUUACUUUUUUGUGCUGUUUUUCUGGUAAGUUCGCAUCAUAUUUUGUAACAAAAUUUGAUUUUUUAGGUAGAGUCAACACAAACAUUAACCGAGGCUAAUGAAAAAAAUUUUGAGGAAAAUAAUGAUGAAGAUGGUUUUAUAAUGAAUAAUUUUGGAUUCUUGAUGUCAAACUCGUUUCCGUUUGUCAGAAAAAUAUUGAUUAAAUUGGUGAAAACAAAUCUGAAAAAACAAAAUGUGAACAAGAUGGCUCGAACAAUAUUUUCAUUUGUGAAAAAAGAGAAGAUCAUUAGUUGUGUUUACAAACAAAUUGAAUCAAUGACAUCUGAAUGUUUGGCUGAAGAGGUAUCAUUUUUUGUUCAAAAAUGAAUGUUUUCAUUGAUUUCCAGGACUGGUUGGAAUGUUCAAUUAUUCGACUUCAGAAAAAUUGUGGAAAGAUUGUUGAAACUGUUAUAAUGAAAUUUGCGCAAGAAAUAAUUUUAGAGUGA